UGCGCGAUAUUUGUUUUAAAGAAAUGAAAUUAUAACGAUAAUUUCAGAAUCGUGAGGCGCAGGCAACAUGAAAAACACGGCAUCGGCUAACGCUCUCUCCUUUUUCGUACUUGGUAUGUCGGUUUGCCUGUUGUACUCUUCAGUAUUCUUUGUUUUUAGGAGGAAUAGAGUGUUUGACGGUUAUACGUGCCCUGAGUCGAAACGCGUUUUUAGUAUGGACAAGGUUUACAGCGAUAUGCAAUGUGCUUUGUAUUGUAAAGGGUCGUCAUUAUGUGUUGACAUAUUCUACCAACCACAGGAAAAGAGAUGCGACGGCUGCAGGUAUUCUGAAGACUCAGAACUUGAAAUUGCCGACGGGUUUUUGUAUUACACGAGGAGAGCUCCUGACUAUUCUUGGACCACGUGGUCACCAUGGAGCAUAUGCAGCAUAAGUUGUGAUUCGGGCACUCAAAAAAGAUCGAGAGAGUGUUCCAUUCGCAUAGAAGGCAACGGAGAAUCGACGUGUGAUCAAGCGGAUGGGGUUAGUGAGGAGACACAACCUUGUCAUAAGCAAUCAUGUCCUACACCGACUCUUGGAAAGGCUUGCACAAGUAAUAUAGACUGUAUAGAAACAGAAGGUGUGUGUAUAGAUGGAAUAUGUUUCUGUCACCAACUAUUUGAAUAUAACAACACAAUUAAUAACUGUACAAAAGAAAUCAUUUUAAAUUUCAGUAUGCGACACAAUGACCGGCAAUUAUACGAAAUUCGAAAAGAAAGGUAUUGCGGGUUUUAACCAUGGUUCCGAUGCGGCGUAUGACAGCCUGGAAGAAUGUAAAAUAGCCUGUAACAGUAACCCCAUCUGCUUAUCUUUCGAAACAUGGCUAGAAGGGAGUAAGUUAAAAUGUUCAACAGGAAUUAUUACAUACGAAAUGGUGAAAUCAGCUGCUCCCAUAUCUAUAAGAAAUAUUCAUCAUGUUGAUCUGUAUUCCAAAACAUGUUCUUGACUUACACGCAUAGACUUAAAAAUGAAAUCUGAAAAUUUUGAAUCAAAAAG